GUCGCGUGAAAACCACCGCGGAAACUCGUGCCGGGGUAUAGAGGUGCUGCUGUAAAGCUGUUAUUGUUUCUCCUCGCACGUUGUUUCAGGUGAACAGAGACAAUCCUAACGCAGUCUUCGUUAUAUCUAUAUUUAUUUUUGAUACACAGUGGUCGGUGCGUGAGCGAUUUAUCAUUUUAAAAGCUAUAAUAAAAACGGUCGUCAGAUAUAAAUAUAUUACAUUAUUAUUGUUUGCCGGUUCUAUAAAUUAUAACAUUACGAUGUGAGAUACUCCUACCACGAUCGACGCAGACCACUCAUUUGAUGAACGCAGUCUGCCGCCGCCGCCGCCGCCGCCGCCGCCGACGUAUCUCUAUUAUUUGUGUUUUUAUCUGAGCCUAUAUUGUUCUCAGGCCGUCGUUUUUGCAUAUCUUUAUGUUAGAUGCGCACCGCGACAGUCUGCCACGACAUUUAUAGGUACGCGGUACCCGAUCGCGAUAAUACCACCGAAAAAACCGCCCAAGUCUCCUACGACGAUAUUAUAUAAUUAUAAUUAUUACCUAAUUAUUAUACACGACAUUUAUAGUUGGAGCUCGAACGUGAGUGUGUGCGCCCACCAAAGUCGAAAAGCCGAACAGAUCCGAAUUAAUAUCGUACUGAUAUAAUAUAUUAUUAUAAUAUAAUAUUAUAGUAAUCAUUACUACCUCGUGUCGUCUUCGUAUUUGUUCGCGUAUGCGCGUGUGCCCCGUGCGAGAGAUAAACGUUUUUUUUUCUGAAACACAUAAUAUUAUAUUAUUGUUUUAUUAUUAUUUAAUACACGUCAUAUUUUUGUAUGCUGUUAUUGAUUAAACAUUAUUUUUAAUUCGGUUUUGUUUUUAUUUAAAAUUUUACUUUUCGGUUUUGGUUCAUCUAUGCAGAAACUCGUACUACAGACUUACGAAGCACCAGGGACGUGAUGGGUUUGGAUUUCUUGGACAAUGGAUCAAUUUUCGAGCACGCCAUAACGUGCGCAGAAUUCGGCCGAUUCCACUACUUCUUGUUGGCGCUAUGUGGUCUCAUCUACAUGAACUGCGCCAUAUCCGUGAGCGUCGUGUCUUUCGUCCUGCCUUCGGCGCAAUGCGAUUUCCAACUGAGCUCAUCGGACAAGGGUCUGUUGAACGCCGUCCCGCUUUUGGGAAUGCUCCUGGGAGCGUACUUUUGGGGAUGUCUGGCCGAUAUGCACGGUAGAAAGAAAGCUCUGAUCGCAGCGCUACUUGUGGAUGGCCUUUUCAGCCUGCUUUCGAGCUUCCUCACUUUCUUUUGGCCUUUUUUGUUCUGUCGUUUCUUCAGUGGUUUUGGGCUUUCCGGAUACUUGGGAAUUUGUUUCUCGUAUUUGGGCGAAUUUCAGCCGAAAAUCUAUAGAGAAAAAGUGCUGUCGUGGCUGGAAAUGUUUUGGACUGUCGGCAUUAUACUGCUACCACUGGUUGCUUGGGGCAUCAUCCCGAUGACGGCCAACUAUGCCAUCGGCAUACUCCGGUAUUCGUCAUGGAAUUUGUUCCUCACGUUGUGCUCGUUACCCAGUAUCCUGUUGGCCCUGUGGCUGACUAGGUUCCCGGAAAGCCCAAAGUUCCUGUUGGAGUGCGGUGAAUUCGACGAGGCGCUAGAGUGUCUGAAACGGAUUUACACGGAGAACACGGGUGAACCGGGAGAAGCAUAUCCCGUGCGAAGUCUAAUCGAGAACGAGGUCCGAUGCAGUGUCAUCAGCAUACAGUCAAAGCGUUCGUUACGUAGCAUGAAGACGGUAAAGACGCCAAAAGACCUCAAGAAUCUGCUGAACGAGGUGUGGUACCAGACUAAAGAGAUGUUCAAACCACCACACCUGAAGAACACGUUACUCACGUGUCUCAUACAGUUCGGGCUGACGUCCAGUUACUACACGCUGAUGAUGUGGUUCCCGGAGCUGUUCAACAGGUUCGAGACAUUCGAACGCCAGCAGCCCGGCGUGGACGUUUCAGUGUGCCAAGUGUCGUCCGUGUACAUAGAACACGACGGAGCGCUGAACACGGUAGACUUGUGCGGGUCGGCGGUCGGCGAAUCCGUAUACACCCACACCCUGUGGAUCGGCAUAGCGUGCAUACCCACGUCGCUGUGGAUGCCCCUCUGCGUGCACCGGCUUGGCGCCAAAUUCUUCUUAGUGAUGUGCUUAUUCGUGUCCGGAAUUGUGGCCGCCGCUCUGUACUUCGUGAAAAACGCUCUGCAAAACCUCAUACUGUCGUGCCUAUUCGAAGCGUUCAGCGGACUGGGAAUCAGCGUAUUGCUGUGCAUCAUGGUCGAUCUGUUCCCCACCAACAUGAGAGUAAUGGCAGCCGCGGCUUCAGCGACGUUCGGACGCCUCGGAUCACUGAUGGCCAACAUCACAUUCGGACUGCUCAUCGACUCACAUUGCAUCCUGCUAAUCAUCAUAUUCAGCUCGUUGUUGAUAAUAAGCGGUCUGCUCUCUUUGGCUCUCCCAAACGGCAACAAUAAAGACUUAGACUAGCGGUCGAUUAACGCUAACCACUCCAUCGGAUAUACAUAUUCGGUGAUGUGCACAAAAAAGAUAAAACUGUAAGUUGGACUUUUUAUCAUUAUAUACAGAUAUUGCUUCAAACUGCUGUUGAAUCAACGCUGAACCAUGUCCGUCGUGAGUGUACUAAAUAACUGUUGUUCUGGAUACAAAAUAUUUAUUUUUGGAAAAAAAAUUAUUUGUAAGUUUAUAACUUAAUUAUAAUGUGACAACUUUUUUUUUUGUAAAUAAAUAUAUGUAUCCGUUUAAUAUUUAAUUUUUAAGUACCUACCAUUUACGAAUUUUUCAUUCAUUUUUUUAAUAUUAUAUUAUUAUAUAAGAUAAAAAAUAAAAUAAUAUUUUAAGCAUAAGUUAUAAUACGCACUUGUAAUUUUUAUUAAAAUAUUAUGUUUUAUUUAUAGUUA